GAAAGUUUCAUCCGCGUUCACUUUUUGAGAUUUCAUGGAAUGAUGGACGAAGAAUGCAAAGAAGCAGCCGACGCAGCCAUCAUACCAAUAUUGCCUGCGUGCUGCUUGAUCUGUAAUUCUCCAGAUGCAACAACUAAUGUGAACAACACCGUUAUACAGGCCACAGGGUCUGCCCUCGCUGAGCUGGUGCGGCUGCUGGUGCCCGACGGACGCGACGAGCUGCAGCUGCUGCCCGCCAUCUGCGCCAGCUGUACCGCCUUCGUCACCGAGUAUGACGAGCUCCGCUCCAGGCAGCGCGACAUUGAGCUCUACGUGCGUCAACAGUACGCGGCCAGCCAGGCGGCGCGGGCGGCGCUGGAGGUGGUCAUAGAGCUGGGCGACAACCGCGUGUCGGUGCCGUACGGCGUGUACCGCGAGCACCGCGCCGCCGCCGCCGAGCAGCCGCCGCCGGCCGAGGCCGCCGCGGCGCCGGAGCAGCCGCCGGCCGCCGCCGCCGCCACCGCCACCGAGGCACCGCCGCCACCGGUCACACCGCCGCCGGCCGCACCGCGGCUGGAGCAGCAGCUGACUGAGCUGGACCUCGAGAUCCACGUGGAGAGCGGCCGACAGUGCCACGUUUGUGAUGCGAGGUUCCAGCUGUUCGGAGAGCUCGCUGUCCAUCUGCGCGACGUGCACCACCUGAGCGGCAGCGAGAUCCGCGCCGUGCGCAGCCGCUCCUCGGCGGCGCCGGCCGCCGCGCCGGCCCGGCCCGUGCCCUGCCCACUGUGCGCCGACCGCCAGUUCAGCUCGGCGGAGCGGGCGCGCGCGCACCUGGUGCAGCGGCACCGGCGCCAGCUGGAGGCCGGCGUACAGCUGCCGGCCGAGCUGGCCGUGCACCUAUGCCGCCACUGCGGCGCCGCCUUCCGCCGCGCAGACAUGUGCCGCAAACACGAGGCCACGCACCGCGCCAGAGCCAGCGCGCACGCCUGCGAGCUGUGCGGAAAGACACUGCGCUACCGGCACGGUCUGAAGCGGCAUCUGCAGAGUCAGCACGGCCUGCCGGCGGAGCACCCGGCCGUGGCGCGCGCCGCCGCGCCGGCCGACCGGCACCCGUGCGACCGCUGCCCGCGCGUGUUCGCCGACUUCGGUCAGUACCUGUUCCACUGCCGCAGCGAGCACCUGGACGAGCCGGACGUCGGCUUCACGUGCGAGCUGUGCGACCGCCGGUUCGAGAAGCGCUCCGAGCUGCGGCUGCACCGCGACGCGCACCGCGAGACCAGCUACUCGUGCGUCACUUGCGAGAAACACUUUCGCACGCGACUGGCCUACCAGAAACACAUGCGCACGCACGAGGGCGGCGGCGUAGCGUGCCAGCACUGCGGCAAGGUGUUCGACACCCGCUCCAACCUGGCCACCCACCUGCAGACGCACUCUGCGCGCCGCCAGCACGUGUGCGCUGACUGCGGCGCCGCCUUCAAGUUCGGCCAGACGCUGGCGCGCCACCGGGCCGUGCGCCACGGCAGCGGCACGCCGCGCUUCGUCUGCGACAUCUGCGGCAAGGCGUUCCCGCUGGAGCACAGUCUGAACCUGCACCGCAGCCGGCACGGGCCGGCCACGCUGUCGUGCCCGCGCUGUCCGGCCCAGUUCACCAACCGGCCCGACCUGCGCCGCCACGUGCGCCGGCUGCACACGGCGCCGGCGGCCGACCCGCUGCAGCGCGCGCUGCUGGCGCUCACCGAGGACGAGACCGGCACGGACGCGGCGGCCGGCGGCCGGCCGCUCUGACAGCGCGUCAACACGACCGCCAGAGCAGCCGGCGCUUCCCGUUCUCACCCGUCAGGUCAGUUGGCUCUUAUAAUUAUCUCCAUUGUGAUCGAUGUCUUUCAUUUGUUCCGACUUUUUAAACGGGGCAAAAUUAUUCGAACAACCAA